CACUACUGUCUAAUCAUAUACGCCCCAAUGUUGUCUAGAACCAUUGCCCGUGCCUCCAGAGCUGUUGCUCAACAGAAAAGAUUCUUGUCUUUGCACGAAUACCGUUCCGCUGCCUUGCUUGAGCAAUACGGCGUCGGUGUUCCUAAAGGUUACGCCGCUACCACGGCUGAAGGCGCCUUUGACGCUGCUAAGAAGCUCGGAACCACUGAGUUGGUCAUCAAGGCCCAAGCCUUGACCGGUGGCCGUGGUAAGGGUCACUUCGACUCUGGUUUACAAGGAGGUGUCAAAUUGAUUUCGUCUCCAGAAGAAGCCAAGGACUUGGCUGCUCAGAUGUUGGGCCACAAGUUGAUCACAAAGCAGACCGGAGCUGCCGGAAAAGAAGUCACUGCCGUAUACAUUGUAGAAAGAAGAGAUGCCUUGACUGAAGCUUACGUAGCCAUCUUGAACGACAGAGCCGCCCAGACUCCAAUCAUUGUCGCUUCUUCCCAGGGUGGUAUGGACAUCGAAGGUGUUGCUGCCGAGACCCCAGAAGCCAUCCACACUUUCAAGGUUGACUUGAAGGAAGGUGUCACUGACAAAUUAGCUACAGAAGUAGCUUCCGUAUUGGGCUACACCGACGCUGCCAUCCCAGAAGCAGCCAAGGCUGUCCAGAACUUGUACAAGGUGUUUGAAGAAAAGGACUGCACCCAAGUUGAAAUCAACCCUUUGUCUGAAACUCCAGACCACAAGGUAUUGGCCAUGGACGCCAAGUUGGGCUUUGAUGACAAUGCUUCGUUCCGUCAAGAAGAAGUAUUCAACUGGAGAGACCCAACCCAGGAAGACCCUGAAGAAGUCGAAGCUUCCAAGUACGGCUUGAACUUCAUCAAGUUGGACGGUAACAUCGCCAACAUCGUCAACGGUGCCGGUUUGGCCAUGGCCACUAUGGACAUCAUCAAGUUGUACGGAGGUAAGCCUGCCAACUUCUUGGACUGUGGUGGUACUGCCACCCCUGCCACUAUCGAGAAGGCUUUCGAAUUGAUCUUGUCUGACAAGAAGGUCAACGGUAUCUUUGUCAACAUCUUCGGUGGUAUCGUCAGAUGUGACUACGUUGCCGAAGGUUUGAUUGCUGCCACCAAGAACUUCAACUUGGACAUUCCAGUUGUCGUCAGAUUACAGGGUACCAACAUGCAACAGGCCAAGGAGUUGAUUGAUAACUCGGGCUUGAAGUUGUUUGCCUUUGAAGACUUGGACCCUGCCGCCGAAAAGAUCGUCGAAUUGGCUCCAGCCAACUAGAUAGAUUUAUAUAGCUAAUCCAUAGAGUGAGAGAAAAGAGUAGAAGAUAUGGUAAUGAAGUAGUACGCAAGUAAUUCAGCAUCAAGUUGUAC